GGUGGGGCCCAUGUUUCUUCGCGAACGUAGUGACCACGAGUCACUGUAAGAGUUUGUCAUGCUUCAAACUGCGUUCGUGUGCGACUGACCGCGUGAGUCUGGGGAGUACCUCAAAGGACGGACUUGCUUCAGAGAACGUGGAGUCUCGGAGUUUCGGAGCUUAUUGUCAUUCGAAAGCGGAGAGAUUGUGAACUACGAUCGGAGGUGUAUCGUCGUGAGGCCUGUCAAUUGGCUUCAAUUUUGUGGAUUGUGCGGAAGGCGUGAUUUGUGUUUGUAGUAGAGGAGGCUGUCACCGUUCGGCCGCAGGAGAGUGUUUCUACCAGACGGCCGAGGAUUGCCUCGGCAGAAGGGGAUGUUGGCGAAUUGGAUGUUUUGCUGCCAUCCUUCUGUUUCGUGAUCCGACUUAGAUUUUGUGGAUUCUUCUCUUUCGUCGAGUGUGUCGGGACUGAGGGAUUUUACCAAGUCGGGCGCAUCGGUCGACCUUUCAUCAUGUCGACGCUUGCGGCAGCCAGGGCUGAUAACUUUUACUACCCACCAGAAUGGACUCCCGAUCAGGGAGGUCUCAACAAAUUCCAUGGGCAGCAUGCUUUACGCGAGAGGGCGAAAAAGAUCGAUCAGGGCAUUCUGGUCAUCAGAUUCGAGAUGCCCUACAACAUCUGGUGUGGUGGGUGCCAAUCUAUGAUAGCCAAAGGGGUGCGGUUCAAUGCAGAAAAGAAGCAAGUGGGAAAUUACUAUUCGACGAAGAUAUGGAGCUUCAAAAUGAAAGCAGCUUGCUGCAAGCAGGAGAUCGAGAUCCAAACAGACCCAAAGAAUUGUGAAUAUCUUGUCAUCAGUGGGGCAGUAAAAAAGACUGAGGACUACGAUGAAGUUGAGGCCGAAACAAUGCUUCUUCCUGAACAAGGAGAUAGAGAUAAGCUUGUGGACCCCAUGUAUAAGUUGGAACACAUGGGAGCAGAUAUACAGAAAGGGAAGGAGAAAGAGCCUCUCUUGAUUAGAUUACAACGUGAUGCUGAUUUGAAACACGGUGACGACUACUCUCGUAAUAAAGCACUUCGUGCACAGUUGAGGUCUCAAAAGAAACGGGUGGCCGAAGAAGAAGCGGAGGCAAAGAAGAUGGGUCUGGGAAUCAGGUUGUUGCCUGUCUCUCAAGUAGAUUUGGAUAUGGCAGCCCAAGUAAAGUUUGCGCACAAGUUUGACAAGAAUAGACGAAACAAGAGGGCUGAGAUCCAAGCAUCGUCAAUUUUUGCUCCUAGUCGCAAGGAGGUGAGUGAUACGACGAAAGGUCAUUGUGGCACUAGUGUGAAUAGCAAGUUGCAGCUCCUUGCCAAGAGAAGGAAUAUGAAUGUGCUUGGAGUUAGAGACCUAACGAUUGGCAAGAUAAGAUUAUCUUCUAAGUCGAAUAGGGACAAAACACUGGAAAAGUCGUAUGUUAGAAUCAAACCAUCUUCUUGACUAGGGAGAGUUAUACAGCAAACUCAAAUUUCAUCAUUUAUCUAGGUUUCCUUCAUUUGUACAGUACUAAGAAAACACUCUGGAUCACCUGAUCUACUUAGUAGAUUACUCUGGGCCCUGUCAGUGGGCCGCUUCAUUUUGGCCGCAGAUUUUUGUUAAAGAGCACGGCAUAAAGAUCAGAGUAAAGAACUGAGUGCACAUGAAAUCCACUUAAAGGUUUUCCAAACAGGGGCACAGUCUCUGUAAUUCGAUUUUUGUCCAAAGCGGCAUAUGUAAAGCAAGAUUUUGGCGAGUACCAACUUAGAAAUUGUGGUUGGACUGAACCUACAGUAUAUAAUACAAGGAUCUUUUGGCCACUGUGAAGCUUUCACAGUUUUUUAGUAGUUUCCACUGCUUCGAAAACCUUGUGCCCUAAGGACAAUACGUAAAAGUUGUACGGUCCUAUGAACUUUGAUACAAUAUUUUGGACUAUGGACAAACUUUCUUUACUUGCGGGCAAGACGGUCCGAGGAAACCAAGCAAGGCCAUUGACCUGUCGUUACACUGCAAAGUCACGUACUGCAGAGACCUAGCACUGCCAGGUCUCAGCAGGCUGGCAGAGAACUUGAUCCUUUCCGUUCCUCUGCAAAGAUUGAAGGGAGCCAGAAAAUUGUUGGCUUUUUACCAUAUUCACAUUCUCUAUCUGGUUGGGGGUCGAUAAACAACGGACUUGUGUUGGUUUAAUCAGCGAAAUGGAAGGACAUUC